AUGGGUUAAACGGGGUUCAUGCCAUGGUACCCGCAUCCCUGGUCCUUCUCUGCUCCAUGGCGGGUUUUUCUUGUUUCUCCUCAAAAUCAUCCGUGUUUUAUGGCGGCCAAACGAGAGCACGUGGGUGAUUUAUGGGCGUUGUGUUUGAAGAAGGGAAGGGGGAAAUCUCCUCUUCUGGCACAUAAACUUCUAUCUUUGGUUAAAAAUUAACCGUGGCCAUAAAACCCCUGGUGUCGGAGGGAGUGGAGCUCACCCUCAGAGUGCUGCCGGUCACUGUCCCCUCCUGUCCAUCCCGGGAUGGCCACGACACCAUCCACAAGCCCCCGCCGCCUCCUGCCCCUCUCCCUGGGGCUCUUCCAGGCUGCUCUGCUCCUCUUCUUCAUCCUCUUUGUCACCUACGAUGAGCCCUCGGCGCAGGCAGAAGAUGCCAGCUCGGUGGCCAACCAUCUCUACAGCAUCUUCCCCUUCUUCCAGGACAUCCAGGUGAUGCUGGUGGUGGGGCUGGGGCUCUUACUGACCUUCCUGCCCCGCUAUGGGCUCAGUGUCCUCACCCACAACUUCCUCCUGCUCAACUUCUCCAUGCAAUGGGCGCUGCUGCUGCAGGGCUUGCUCCAUCGCUUCCACCAUGGCCAGGUCCACUUGGGCCUCCACAGCAUCCUCACUGCAGAGUUCGCUGCUGUGACAGUGCUCAUCUCCACGGGGGCCAUACUGGGGAGGACCAGCCCCUGCCAGCUCCUCGCCAUGGCCACGUGUGAAGUCCCCAUCUACCUCACCAGCGAGUGGGCCAUCGUCACCCAUCUGCGUGUCUUGGAUGUGGGGGGCACCAUCACCAUCCACGUCUUCUCCUGCUAUUUUGGCCUUGGCGUGUCCAAGGCUCUGUUCAGGGCAGCACAGCAGCCGGUGCACCCCAAGCAGACCCCGACACCCCGCUCUGACCUCAUGUCCCUGGUUGGGAUGCUCAUCCUCUGGGUUUUCUGGCCCAGCUUUGUGGCUGUUCUCUGCCAACCGGGGGAUGCUCAGCACCGCGCCAUCCUCAACACCCUGCUGGCCAUGAGCGCCAGCGCCGUGACCACCGUGGUGGCCUCCAGCCUGAUGGAGAGGGAUGGGAAGCUCAGCCCUGGCCACCUACAGAACGGCAGCUUGGCCGGCGGGGUGGCCAUUGGUGCGGUGGCUGACAUGGCCUUGGGGAGCCUCUCAGCCAUGAUUUGCCUCCUUGGCUUCAGGUUCCUCACCCCUUUCCUGGUGAGGAAGCUCUCACUGCAGGACCAAUGCGGCAUCCACAACCUCCACGGCUUGCCCGGCAUCCUUGGAGCCGCAGCCAGCGCCGUGGCCAUCCUGGUGGUACCCGAUGUCACCGCCGGGUACCACCUCUCCCCCAUUGGAGGCAACGCCACCGAGGGGGUGGUGAUGGGACAGUUUGGGGGCCGUGGGGCAGGGUGGCAGGCGCUGUGCCAGGCAAUGGGGCUGGUGCUGGCUGUUGGUGGCUCGCUGCUCGCUGGGCUGCUCACCGGUGCCGCGCUCCGGGUGCCCUGCCUGGCCCUGCCACCGCAGCGGCUCUGCUUCGAUGACUCGCUGUAUUUUAAGGUCCAGGAGGGGCCUGAGAGCACGGGGAUGGGCGGCACCAGUGAGGAAGGGGCUCUGGCAAUGAAGGAGCAGGUUUAGGCACUGGGGUGUGUUUGCAGAUGAGGGUUCGGCCCUUUCUGUCCCCAUCGCUGGCAAGGAGCUGCAGGCAGGAGAUGCUGCCUGCUCCCAGCCCCUGCCCAGCUUCCGAGGAUGCUGGCAGACCCAGGACAGCACCAUGGCACCAAUCCCUCCUCCAUCAUCCUACCCUGUGGCUGUGAACCCCCUCCUCUGCCCUGGCUGCUCCCAGGAUCCAUCCAUUCCACAAACAACACCCUCAGGGCGUCCCCAUCCUGAUGGACACUAAUCUGGAUGGCACCACUGCAGGGCACCAGCACUGGCUGCUUCUCUCUCCAUGAGCAGCAUCACCCAUGGUGCCUGUCCCAAAACUCAGCUCCGGGAUGGGGGCUCAGCAUCCACUCCCUGCAGGGUGGAAAUGCAGCAGUGGGGUGAGAUGGAACAAGAUGAACCGGCCCAGAGCAAGGGAUUUUGCAUGGAUUUGAGAACCUUCA